UACUUUUAUGCUUUUUCAAUCAUGCUCGCGCGUAUAGUUACUGGGAAUCUGUAUUUAGUGCGUGUAAGCAAAGAGUCUGACGUCAGGCUUAGACUCGCAUAGCAGCAGACUGGUCCCUAAGCACCCGCCCACACUCACCAAAAGCACAAAGCAGUCCCUUUUCUCCGUUUAAACCUACCGGUCUUCGAGAAGCUGAAGCGAAGCAAAUGCACGUCCAGCAAACUGGGAAUUUAACGCACUUGACUGCAAUCGUGCAAGCGUUGUGUUAUCGGACCAUGUACGCACGGAUGGAGCGCUUACAUUACAAAGACGUCGUCGGGUAGAUUUUUAAAGGGAUCGGCCGAGAUGCACCGUGGCUGUUACGAAGCGCCGAUCUAUAGUGAUACCGGCCGGGAUUUAUCAUGGUUUUCAGACGGUCAGCUCGGAGAAUGCGGUGGCUGGGAUGUUAUCGGCUGGGGCCCAUAUGGAAAGCACUCCUGGUAUUUGUUGUCAUCGCUUUUGCCGGACAACUUCUGGGAGUCAUCUUCAACAAGAGCUGGAUGCAGCCUGAGAGACCUCACUCCCUCUACGCUCUACCCUCUGAGAAUUCCCAAGGAGACUCUCUAGGGUCUUGUCAUCUCCACGUCCACAUCAUGUUCCUGAAGACUCACAAGACGGCAAGCAGCACCGUUCUCAAUUUGCUCUAUCGCUUUGGAGAGGAGCGGGGCCUUAAAUUUGCCCUGCCUGUGGGGUAUCAGUUUGGCUACCCGCUGCCCUUUAUCGCCCAAAGGGUGAAAGGAUACAGAGGCCCUCAUGUGGCAGAAUUUGACAUUAUGGGAAAUCAUAUGCGGUUCAACAGACCAGAGGUUGAGAAAGUCAUGCCAGCUGACACCUUCUAUUUCUCUAUCCUUCGAGACCCUGUGGCACUAGCUGAAUCCUCUUAUGCCUACUAUAAAAACGUAGCCCCUGCCUUCAGGCGUGCCAAAGGACUGGGUGAUUUUGCAGACAACCCCUAUAAGUACUACGACCCCAGACUGCGAAACAACCAUUAUGCCCGCAACCUGAUGUGGUUUGAUUUUGGUCUGGACCAUACCUCCAACUUCAGCCUUGCGCUGGUCAAGCGCGGUGUGGCAGCAGUUCGUCGGAACUUCAAGCUCAUCCUUAUCUCAGAGUAUUUUGACCAAUCUAUGGUGCUGCUCCGUCACGCUCUGUGUUGGCCACUAGAUGCUGUGGUUUCAUUUAGCCUAAACGCCAGGCAGCAAAUGCCCAGUGGAAGAUCAGGAUGGGUGGGCAAGGCCGCAGCUCCAGCCCCACUGGCUUUAACAGACAAGCAAAGAUCGAAAUUACGUGAAUGGAACGCGCUGGACUGGCACCUUUACCAAGCUUUUAAUCUCACUUUCUGGCAGGAAGUAGAGCGGUUCGGUCGUAGUCGAAUGGAGUCUGAGGUGGCCUUGCUUAGAACCAAACGGGAGGUUCUCACUCGUAUCUGCUUGCGUGAUGGCGGCCGCCCGGUAGAGGCCAGUCGCAUCCGGGACAAGACCAUUCGCCCUUUCCAGAGUGGAUUAGUGAAGAUCCUGGGCUACGAGUUGCAGUCGGGACUAGACAACGCCACAUGGGAAGCUUGCCUACGCAUGAUCAGGCCUGAGAUUCAAUACAAAGACUUGCUGGAUCUUCGGCAGUUUCCUCGAGCCCAGCAACCCCCAGCCGCUGGAGGGCUUCCGGUAAAGAGGGAGUCCUCAAUACUCAGGACUGAAGACCAUGGGGGAAAAAGGUUGGUGGAGAAGGACUGGGAUGGGACCAUUCUCUUUCGGAAUCAAUCAUUAGAGCAGGUUGACUCAAAAGUUAGACUUAGAUAGUGAGCUAGUUGCACCUUUUUGCCUCAAGGUCAGUAGUUCUGACCCAUUUUGGCUCUGUGGGCCUCUGUGCUGCACUAGUAGAGGAGAAGGGAUAUCCAUGACAUACAACACACCACUUUGUCAUCGACUCUUCCUUCUUCCAUCUUUCCCUUCUACACUAUAUUUUGUACAACACAAAGUUUCAGAGUGAAGAAGAGGUCUGUGAGUACAUUGCGGUCCGUUGGUGAGUUUAAUAUCGGGGAGACGUGAGAAAAUGUUGCUUCCCUGUCCAUGAGGAGUCAUAGUAUGGUACAAAAAACGUAGCAGUUGUGCACGAUUCGUUCAUGUUGCAGUGUUUCAAACAUACUACUAAAACCACACUUUCAUGUAGAUGAAGUAUCUUUGGUACAUUGGCGUUCAAAAAUUUGGGGUCAAUAAGAUUCUUUUUGAAAGAGCUUAUAACUCAGCAGGGAUGCAUUAAAUUGAUCAGAAGUAGCUGUAAAGAUAUUCAUUAUGAUAUAAAAUAUUUCUAUUUCAAAUCAAUUUCAUUCUUUUCAACUUAAAGAAUUGGAGUAAUGACUGCUGAAAACCCAGCUUUGCCAUUGCAGGAAUAAAUUACAUUUAAAAAAAAAUUAAAUAGAAGGCAGUUAUUAUUUUACUGUAUUUUUGAUCAAAUAAAUGCAUGCUUUGUGAACAUAAGACACUUCUAAGACACUUCUUUCGAAAAGUAUUACCAAACCCAAACUUCUAAAUGGUAGUGUUGGUGCACAUUCAGUAUCACUACCAAAAAAGGUAGGCUUUUGUAUCCAAUAAAAUAGCAAUUUGAUAUUGGAAAUGCAUUUGAAUUUGAUUAUAAUACUAAGACACAAUGGAUAUCAUUUCUGCAUGAUGAAAUUCCACAAAAGUGCAAUCACAGACCCUGCGUUGUCUGGCACACGAGAUUCAAACAGUGGUACUGUUCAGAGUUGCUGGAAUUGAAUUUUACAUCCAUUUAUAUGGGUAUUUGUUCGACAGGAAUCUUGACAGUGUUUCUUUUUACGAGAAUCCAUUGCAAACGUUUGAUUUCAAUGCCACACACAUUUUUUCUGUGACGUAGUAUAAGCUAAUACAACUCCCAUGGUUCUGUGAGAAUCUCCAGUUUUUAACACUGUGAAAUGACCAUUCAUAAAGGGCAAAAUGUGCUGUAGAUUUGUAUUUACCAAACUCAAGUGAUUGGCCAUUGCACUUCCUCUCUGUUUACCUAUUGAUGUUUGCUAGAGGUUGAUAUUUUAUUUUGAUGUUUUGAAUAAAAAAAAAUCAGUAGAUGGCGAAUGUUCAUUGGCAUGGUAAAUGCUAUAAUCUCUGAGGCCUGUCAUAGACAUUGUAAUGAUCAGAGCUCCACCUCAAUUCCAAAACUCUAUGGUUAUUUUGCCUUACAAUUAGUACCUUUGUGAAGCAGUGCUUUAAUAUCAAAGCUUGCUGUAUUUAUUAUGCUUUUGUAUAAAUUUCUGUGUAUCUUCUGCAUUUAUACUCUCAAACAGUUUUUUUCUUCUUAUUGUGAAUGCCGAGAAAACGUAGUGUAGAAUUUGACUGGAAUGCACUGUGCAACUUGCCCCAUGUAUGAACAGCCAGCUUUUUGUAUGCAGAUUUCAAUGCACAGAGCAAGAUGACACCUAACAUUACCAAUGAAUUAAUUUCCUCUGUUCUAAGUCAGAUGGUAUUGAAAACACUAGUAUGGUCACUGUUGUGUGCCUAUUCAUGUGCAUCAUUUAUUGUAUAGUUAGGAUUUAUAUGCAUGGCUGUAGUUAGCAAUCAUUUCCUUGUGUAAUUGAUAAACAACAUUUUAAUACCCCAUUCCAUUCUAGUUUGGAUAAUUAACAAUCUUUAUCUUAAGUUUUUCCAUUCACAGUCGCUUCUGUGUUUGCAGCUCACAUGAAGUAGUUAUUGAUGGAGCUGAAUUCAAAAAACAUAAAUGAUUUAAAUUCAGAUUUACAAAAAUUAUGAAAUUUUGUUUUUAGUGAAUAUGGAGUAAGAAAACAUGCAUUUAACUGGUUAUAUGGUUAUAUUUUACAAAAAAAAGUCUUGAUUUGAAAGACAAUGAUCCAUUUUGAUCAUACCUUUUCCUCUUUAUAAACUGUGCUGUUGGCGGAUUCAGUGUUUCUUCCAUUAAAAAGACAACAAUAAUGUUAUUACUGUGAAUCGUGUUUGAAAAAAUUCAUACUAAAUUGAAUUUAAGCAUUGAUUUCCUGUUAAGCUUGAGAUGUAUAGCUUUUACAUUCGUUCACCUCAUUUUAGAGAAAACUGUAAUGAGUCUGGCAAUAUUGUGCUGUAAUACCUGCGUGUCAUACAAAUCAGUAGGUUCACUGUUUUCAUGACCCUUUAGGUCAUAACUGUGGUACUGCGAUUUAAACAUAAACCAAAGAGGUACUGAUGUUUCUGUGCUUGGAAUCUUGAUAUAUGAAAAAUUGGCACAGUUUUUCAUUACGUUCAUGGACCAGAAAAUUAAUUCAGAAGGAGUGCAAAGGUACAAAUGCAGCCUACAGCCUGCGUAAACCAUCAUUUCAUUAAUUUAAAGUGUGCACUCCAAAAAAAAAUAAAAAAAAAUGCAACAAACCUCUUACAACAAAAAAGUCUGUUUUAUUUGAGCUGGAUAAAUAAACUCAUUCAUGUUCAUUCUCUGCACUUUGAAGACAACAAUGCGAGUUACAUGAUGUUUUUGUUCAGUUCUCUCUGAGUUUUGUCAAACCUGUUUACCAUAUUUAUUAUUUUUCUUUGUUACUUGAAUAUAUGGGGAAACCUCUGUAAAUAUUUGCGUGUGAUGAACCUGAUUUUGGUUUACUUGUACAUAGUAAAAUAAAACAAAACUUUUACAUGUGA